CAAAUCUAACGGCGCCUUGCGCAACCAAAACAAAAAGGGGAGAGAAGAAGAAUAAGCGAACCAAAAAGCCAAACAGGCAGCAGAAUUCAGAAAGAAAAGAAAACACAGAAAGAGAGAAGACUGAACGCAGAAUGGGAACGAAAACGGAAGGAAAAAAGCAGUAGAUAGGAAGAGAGAAACAUAAGAAGAAGAAUUCUCGGCAACCAAACAGUAAAAGAGAAAUUUUGGGUUGGAGACUUACCCGUCAAAUCUCGUCAACAAAAAAGAAAACGUUCGGAUUGUGAAAGUUCUGUUUACAUAUUUUCCUCUCAAUUUUUUUUUGUUCCGUUUCCUAUUCGGUUUGAGGACAAAUUGUUUUGUGGGUUGGAGUUAAAAAGGCCGGAGAGGUGGGAUUUGGCAUUCUGGGUUCAUCGGAAGGGAAAAUUCUCGAGGUGGGUUUUUAAUUUUUUUUGUUUGUUUCAUCUCCGACGGUGGGUGAUGGGAUUGGGGAAUAGUGAGAAUGAUUUGAUCGUCGAUGACUGUGACGGCGAAGGCGCCGGGGUUGCCGACGAUGGAGGUGAAGUUGGCGGCGGAGGGUAUGGGAAGUCGCUGGGGUCGGUUUCGUGUUCGAUUUGCCUCGAGGUUGUGAUGGAUACAGGGGAUCGAUCAUGGGCUAAGCUUCAAUGCGGACACCAAUUCCAUCUGGAUUGCAUUGGUUCGGCUUUCAAUACAAAGGGAGUGAUGCAAUGCCCUAACUGUCGGAAAGUCGAGAAAGGCCAAUGGCUCUUUGCAAAUGGUUCUCGUUCACUUCCUGAGGUCAACACAGAUGACUGGGCCCAUGAAGAGGAUGCUUACUAUAGCAUCUCCCAAGUGUCUCUUGGAUUUCACUAUUGUCCUUUUGGUGGUAGCUUGACGAGACCACCUUCAUCCUUUGAGGAAGGGGAGUUGUCACUGAAUGCAUAUCACGAUCUGCUGGGCCAGCCUGCUGUUUUUGCGGAACACGCAGCCGCCAUAUCGUCAGCAAGCAAUGCUUGUCCUUAUAUUGCUUACUUUGGACCGAUCCACCCUUCGUCCUCAAGCUCCAGUGCUGGCGUUUCAGAUACAUCCAACUUUAAUGGCCACUGGAAUGCUCCAUCAGUACCUAGCGACAUGGCGAGCUCCUAUGGCUUCCCUGCUGCCCUGGAUCUCCAUUAUCACAGUUGGGAGCAUCAGUCCCCUCCAUUCUCCACAACAAGCAGUCGCAUUGGUGGUGUUGAUCAGAGUUCCCUCCCUCCGAAUGCUCAAAGAGCUGUGGGUAGAAGCAAUAAUGUCGGUCCUCAGAGAGCAGGAUCAUUCAUGCAUCCCUUCGUCAUAAAUCCAGGUUCGGGUGCCAGAGCCGGAAGCUCAGUGCCUCCUUCGGGCACUCCAACUUAUCAAGGCAGCAAUGCAAGGGCACGCGAUCGAGUUCAAGCUCUUCAGGACUACUAUCAACAACAGCCCGGGAGCUCCCCACCGAUUCAUGCUCCUCCCCUGAUUGCCACCUCAGCGCGAAGACCGAGCAGCAGCAGCCACAGGGGACUGUCGCGAGUGAUCCCACCGACGCCCGACCAGGCUGGGUUUUACUUCUUCCCGUCAGCAGGGACGACAUCAUCAGGGCGGAACUACCAAGAGCCGGAGAAUGCUUCGUCCCGGACUGGGUUCCGGGCAUGGGAGCCAUUGUUCCCUUUGAACAACAGCCAUCCUGAUAGAGAUUCAGGCUGGGGGCCCACAUUCCAGCAAGGCAGCGGUGGGUCCGAGGCAGGUGGAGGGAUCAGAUCGGUGAGCUUCCGUCAGAGGCAGAAUCGUUCGUAGUGUGUUUCACUGCGUGGAGAGUUUUAUAUCCUUGUUGAGGGGUGAAGUGAAGCAAAACUCGUUUUUACCAGACUGCUGUGGGAAACCCAGAAAGCGGAUGAAGAAGAACUAUGUGUAAUUGCUUAAACCAUAACUGAUGUAUGAUGGUUUUGGGAAUCGAUUCGACGGGGAGCGCGAUCGAUAGUGCCAUGGAAGUGGCCUGAGAACAAUGGUGUUUUAUUUUUCAUGUGGGCAGCUUGGCCUGGCUGUUUUGGCAGUGUGCUUGAUUGAUGCAGGCUGUGCUAUGAACAUCAUUUGUGGCUUCCUCCGGUUUCUUUGCCUUUCUGAGGAUAUAAGAAAAAUUGUUAAUGUUAUGUGUCUCUGGAUGGUGUAUUCCGAUUCAGUCUGUUGGCUUUGCACUUUUGAAUCCUUCGGUUGCGGACUAACGUCUUCUGGUUUCAGUUGGUUCAGUGUCAUCUGGUUCGUUACAUGUUCUUUGAUGUCAUGGCAGAUACUGAUUUGUUCGAACUCCAUACCCGACUUAGUCAUUGGUG